CAGCGGCGGCUGCGCUGCCCCGGCCCCGCUCCGAGCGCCACAGCCCGGCCCGAGCCGGGGACAGCGCUGGGGGACACCGCUGGGUGAGAGGGACAGCCCUGGGUGAGACGGACGGCCCUGCGUGAGAGGGACAGCCCUGGGUGAUACCCCUGGGGUCAAAGACACCAUCCUGACAUACAGCAUCAACAACUAAAAGUCUCUCUUCCAAACUUGAGAUGGAAACUCACCUUGUGUCAGAAAGCACAAAAGAGGAUGAAAAAAAGCCAAUGAAAAAUCCAUUUAAGCUCCCAACAGACACUGAACUUUUCUCAAUGAGAGACAAGGAAAUUAAGAAGGCACAGGAGGAACGUGAAAAGAGGAAGACCAUGAAAGUCCAUGAGAAAACUACUUACUCCACUAAAAUGAAGGCAAAAAGUGGGUUGAGGAAAGCUUUGAAAAGGGAGGAAGAAGAGGAGAGCAGAAAAGAGGCGACCAGUGAAGAGAGACUGAAAUACCUGCAGGAGAUGCUUUCGCGGAAGUUGGCCAUGAAAAAAGAUUAUAAAUUCGACAGGGAGACCUUCCAUGGCUACCUACAGGACAGAAAACAGAUCUUUUUUCUUGAGCACACCAUUGCAGUAAAGAGAGGGGAGAUUGAAAAGAUGGAGAACAUAACAAAGGAUGAGGAAAGAAAGCUGGAAAAGGCUGAGAGAAGGAUGGAGAAGGACGCUGCCAUGUUUGAUGCCUUCCUGAAGGAGAACCACAAUAACUCUGUUGAAGCACUGAGAAGAGCCAAAAGAGAAACCUCAGCAAAGACGAAGAAAAUAACAGAGAUCCAGGGACUCACAACUGAAAUAAAGAAAAUCCAAAGUGACAUCUCCAGAUUUGAGGACACCCUGCAGGAGUACAAGAUGUACAGGGACAUUCUCUACCAGCUAUCUCCAAAAGAGUGGCAGGAGGAGCACAGAAAAAGACACAAAAAGGAAAAGGAUAAGGAAACAGAACCCAGGAAUGAAGGAAGGGCUUCACCUCCCUCCAGCACAGAGCAGGAGCAGGGUCCCAGUGGCCACAGUGUCACUUUCACGGAUAUUCCGAGCUCCCUGCUGUUCUCAGAGAGUUUGGAUUUCAGGGCACGCGAUCUCAGGCCACAGCUUAAACACUUCCUGCAGCCUCUUCUGUCAAGAGACCUAAGUUCACUGGAGGAUGCAGAGAGUGAAGUCAGCUCGGAUGAAGAUGAGGAGCCCGAGCUCUACUUCACUGAUCCUGAACAAUUGCUUAAUACUUUCAUGGAGAUGCUGGAUGAGAACUUAUCCUUUGUCCUGAACUCCCAGGAUAUUGCAGAGAGCUGGAACAAGGUCCAGCAGACUUUCAUCAGCACACGUGAAAGCAUGGAGAAGGAGCUGGCAGCGCUGAAAGAGCAGGUGAGCACCCUGCGAGCCUCCGUGGCCAAGGAAGAGGAGAAAGUAGCCGAGCUGAAGCUUAAAGUUCAGCUCUUUUCCCCUGCAGAACACGAAGGUGAUGACCAGGACAAAGUGCUCAUAAGCCUGAACAAGAAGGUGCAGGAAGUUUAUUUCCAGUGCACUGGAGACAAUGAGGCAAACCUGCCAACAGUAGAGAUGUUAAAGGUCAUAGAAAAACAGCUCAUUGAUUUACUGGACAGCGUGGAGAGAAUCCCAGCAGCAAAGAUAGAAAAGGCUGUGAAAGACAUAAGAAGGGAACAGAGAGCAAGGCUCAGAGAGGAAAAGCAGAAACAAGCAAGGCAUCAGCAGGAUGAAGGAUUGAAAAGGGAUAUGGAAAAAUCACAGGUACCUGAAGAAAAUAAGAACAAGAAAGUGGCCUUCCCUUCCAACCCAUCUGCCAGGAAGAACAGCCAAGGAAAUAGAUAAGGAAGAACAAUUGUAUUAUUUUUCCUGAUGGCACAGCCUUAACCACAGCUUACAGGGCUGAUGCUGUUCUAGAAGUCUUUUCUAGCUCUACAAUCUGUCAGUCUUUGCUCAGCUGAACUUUACUGUCCCAUGAAAUUUCCUUCUCCUACCCUAAGAUUCCAGGGAAAGUCUGCAACCCCUUUUCCCCCCUCCUUUGGUAUUUUGCCUAAGAAAAUAAAUAAAAAAAUCUCUCAUUUUGCUUCUCAAGCUCCUGCUAAGCACCAGUUCUUUUCUCAUUCAGUUUUUGAUGCCAAUAGCACUACCUGUACAAACCUGAGCAGUGAGAUCUAUGACAGCCCUAGGUGACAAUCUUUGUUAAGGCACAGCCAAGGCAGGUACCUCAUAGAUAUUUAUGAUAAUCACAGGUCUUCUGAAGGACUGUAAAAGCCAUUAUAGACUCUACCCCACUAUAGUGGAGAAUACACAACUGAAGGAAAACCACAAGCUCUCUGCAGAAAUCAAGCUGCCAGUAAUUAGCUUUGUGUCAGAUGCAUCCAUGCAAAGAACAAUACCCAGUGACAAAGUGACCAUA